AUGAGAAAGAUGGAGACCUGGACUUUGGUUAUGUGCCUCUUAAGUACCACUUUUGCUCUUCCGCUGCCACAACAUCCUGGUUAUAUCAAUUUCAGUUAUGAGGUAAUGACACCUUUAAAAUGGUACCAGAACCUAAUUGGGCAUCAGUUUCCACGGUAUGGCUAUGAGCCCAUGGGAGGAUGGAUGCACCACAGUGCAGGGCCAGUGACGCACCAAACUUACUUUCAAGGGCAUCCAAUGCACCCACCUCUCCAUCAAAUGCAGCCCCAGCAGCCACCUCUGAAUCCACACAUGCAGCAGCCUGGGCAUAACUCAUAUGGGCCAAUGCCUGGACAUAAUACAUUAAUGCCACACUACCCACCAGCUCACGCAGGACCAGUCCAACAUCCGCAUCCACCACAUGGAGAGUACCCAAUGCACCCCCAGCAACCAGGGAACCCAAAUCAGCCAAUGCACCCUCAGCAACCAGGGAAUCCUAACCAGCCAAUGUAUCCAAUUCAGCCACUGCCUCCACUGAUCCCAGAUACACCUCUUGAAUCAUGGCCACCAGCUGACAAGACCAAGCAAGAAGAAGUGAUAUGGAAGAGCUUUGAAAAAUCAGAGUCCAUAUAUUAUCCAAAUGUGUCAAGUGACACCCUCACAUUUUAUCACUCUGAGAUACAGCCCAGAAAAAUAAUCAUGAUUGUCUGUGGCAAAACAAACAAGAGUGGAUUAAAGGAGCCAAGAAACCAGAAUAAAGGAAAGAAUAAUGAAGGCAUUUUCACUUGCUUUCAAGAACUCAUUCUUCUACUGCAGUCGGUGAUACAUGCUCCCAUUAAACCAAGUUCUUAG